GUGGACAUAUAAAACACUUUUAUAAUAAUUGCGUGUCUAUAAUCGAGGAAUCGUGUGUUUUAACACAAAUACUGGAGCUGUGAGCUGGUAAUUACGGCUAUUAUGGCGUCCAGCUACAACGCGAAAGAGGAAGACGGUCAUCUCUCCGGAUCCGCGGGGCUCGGCGGAACCGCCAUCCGGACCAGAAAGCCCGACAACACCGCCUUCAAACAGCAGCGCUUGCCGGCCUGGCAGCCCAUCUUGACCGCGGGGACCGUGUUGCCCGCUUUCUUCGUCAUCGGCCUCAUCUUCAUUCCCAUAGGAAUCGGCCUCUUCGUGACGUCCAACAACAUCAGAGAGAUCGAGAUUGAAUAUACUGGGACUGACAUGUCCAGCCCGUGUUUUAACUGCUCUCAAAGCUUCAGCUGGAACAGCACGACUCCAUGCAAAUGUGUCCUGUCCUUUUCUCUCGACCAGCCUUUCGAGAGUAAUGUCUUCAUGUACUAUGGCCUCUCAAAUUUCUACCAAAACCAUAGACGGUAUGUGAAGUCCAGAGAUGACAGCCAACUCAAUGGGGACCUUAACUCACUUAAGGAUCCAAGCAAAGAAUGUGAGCCGUACCGCGUUAAUGAAAAGCCAAUAGCCCCGUGUGGAGCCAUUGCUAACAGCAUGUUUAAUGACACACUGGACUUGUUUUACAUUGAUCCCAAUGGAACAAAAACCCAAAUUCCACUGAUCAAAAAAGGGAUCGCAUGGUGGACGGACAAACAUGUGAAGUUCAGAAAUCCUGCUGGCAGUAAUCUUACUGCUGUUUUUAUUGACACAGCGAAGCCGGUCAACUGGCGCAAGCCUGUUUAUGAGCUAGACACUGACUCAGAAAACAACGGCUUCAUAAAUGAGGAUUUCAUUGUAUGGAUGCGUACGGCUGCUCUGCCCACCUUCAGAAAGCUCUACCGCAUCAUCCAGAAGAAGAACAACAUGACACCCACACUGCCCAGAGGAAACUACACCCUGGAAGUCACCUACAACUACCCCGUCCGCAGCUUUGAGGGCCGGAAGCGUAUGAUCCUCAGCACCAUCUCCUGGAUGGGAGGGAAAAACCCCUUCUUGGGCAUCGCCUACAUAACGGUGGGCUCCAUCUGCUUCUUCCUCGGCGUGGUGCUCCUCUUCAUUCAUCACAAAUACGGAAACCGCAAUAACAGCUCUGAUAUUCCCAAUUAAGCGUGUGGAGUGCAUGCGUUCUGUCAGGCGUUUAAAUGGCAUGCUUCGAUUCUAGUUUAUCAUUUUAAUGGUGCAAGACAGCAUUUGACCACUUGAUGUUCAGCUUAUUU